AAACACGUUUUAAAAUUUGUCACCCGUUAUAUUUCGCAUUAUAAUACGUAAAAACUAAUCGGCCGAUACAAUAGUUUUCAUAUAUGUUUACAUACAAAUCGUACGAUAAGGAUAGCUUCUGUUCAUAGCGCGUAUCAGCAGAGUUCGAAUUGACACUCGGUUUGACUCAUUGCUAACAGGAAAUCCAUAUCGCGAAAUCCCGGGUCAUCGAGUUAUCGCGAGAAAACCUACUCCCGCAAAUACGUCACCGGCCGCAUCAAUAAGAAUUGAUUGCCCGCUAUCGCAAUAUUUAUUUAGGCCGUAUCGAAAACAAACAUCGGCAUACAUCACGUUGGUUGGAACCGUGUUAUAACCGUGGAGGAAAAACCGUGAUAUGGGUCAGUGCAUGCCCGAUUGCAGAAUCCAUUGUUGCUCGCGAUCGUUCAUCGAAGAAAUUCCAUUAAACGCUAGUGGCCGCGUAUAAAAUUAUAUAUCGAUAUAUUAAGUUUAAUUUCAUUUACUUUUUAGUGAAGUUUGAAAACCCAAACUUUUGUGCCGAUAAUUCAACGUGUUGAAAUUUUUCGAUUCGCGUGAUACAGUGAUGUGUGAGAUUCUUGCUUCUUACGAAAAUGAAUAUAGUUUUCGCAACGACUGAUUAUAAUAAUAAUAAUAAUAAUAAUUUCGAGAUAAAAGAUUGAUAUGUUUGAAAACAGUAAUUCGUUACGAUAUAUAAGUAUUAAUAGUUGUUAUCGAUGUUGUUUAUAGAAGAAGAUGAGCGUGAAGAUCAAGAUUUAAAUCGGCGAUAUUCUCGUUUAUUGAAAAAAAUCAGAAGAGAAAUCGCAUCGAAAGAUACGUCGACGAUGUUCUGUUUAAGAGGAGAGACGAACGGCGAUACGAAGUUUAAAGAGAUAUUGAAGCAGGAUGAUUUCGGUUGGUGGUUGAGCGACGAAGAUGAUCUGAAAUCGCCCACAUCCGCCAGGAGCAAGGACCGUCUGUCCUUGGGAUCGUCUGAAUCGAUGUUCUCCUGCAUAGACUCGGACGAUACUGAAAAUUAUUUUCUCGCCCAAGAGUUCAAACAGGAAUGUAAGGAAUGUAAUUACGAAAAAAUAGAGCUUACAUCGUUGAUUCACGAAAAUUUGGAUCUGAAUCUUAUCGAACAAGACGCGAUAAGAAAAGAAUCUGACGUCACGCCAUUUCUAAUGGAAGAUGAAAGAUACUCGAACGACUCGAGAUCGAAGCCGGAAGCGUUACACGGCAUGUGCUACACCCCGGAAAGAUUGGUCAGAUCUCAGGAGUAUCGAAUAUUGGCGCCUUCGCCUCGCUAUUUGUCCAUCUCUCAGCCAAAAAUCGUGCAACAGAAGGAAAAUUUGCGGAAAGGGUUUUGCUGCCGGCGGCAAUUGAACUGUUUUACCGAUUCCAAGCAACCUGCGAUGCAACUGAAAUCUUUCGCGGAGAGCAGGCCGAGGGAAGGAAUUGCAUCGACGAUCGGUUUGCAUGGUUGGAAGGAUAACAAACGGAUCUACAAUGACGAUGUUGGGACGAAGAGUAAUAAUGAAAACGAAACGAAAAUGGAAGACGUAUCCGAUUAUAACAAAUCGUGCAGCUUGCGAACACCAGACUCGAUCAGCAAGAGAUCCAGUUACGACAAAUUGAACAUCACGUGGGAAGAUUGUGGAAAGAUGGGGACACGUAGCUCUUCGUUGGACACUUCCGGUAUCCAGAGCAACGACUGGAGCUCGGACACGCACAGCGACAUGCAAAACACUUUUCUGUGCCUCAGUGAUGAGUUGGCGACGACCGAUUACAAGCUAGAUAACUCGCAGGAACGAUGCACUGCCAUCAAUGAAGUAGUAUCGAUUCUUGAAGAACUUGACGUAAAUCCUGAGAAAGCUACGAUUCUUCUCGAGGAAGAUCGUUUUUGCGACAGCACGUCUACGCACGAUCAAUUAACCAGGCUGGCCCUGACCACUGAAACGGACGCUAAUGUGCUGGAGGUCCUCGAAAAUCCAGAACAUUUAGUAAAACAUCUUCAAAAUAAGAUUAAAAAACUUCAAAUUAGCAACAAAGAUAUCUAUAGAGAUAUAUUUAAUCUUCGAGAAAGCUUUCAAUGUGAUGAACAGAGAAUAACGGAUAUCUUGUCUGAUACAAAUAAACUACGACAGGAUGUACAUGAGCUGCGAUACCUCGACGAUCUUUUAAAACUUUUACGAGGGGAAUUGGAAAGGAUUUCGAAAAGAAAUUGGCCAUUUGUUAUAGGACAUACAAAUCAUUCGGAGGAAAUGAAUCUCAUCGUGUGAAUAAUAUAAAUCCCUUCCAUUGCUAGAAUUUGAUGGAGGUAUUUUUUUCAACAUCAAUAUCCGUAACAUCAAUAUUUUGUUACUUAAAAAAAAUUAAUUUAUUUAAAGAGAGAAACACGGUUAAGUAUUUUUAUAACAUACAACGCCAAAAGCGUUUCACUGCCAUUGUUAAUAUUAUAAAAAUAUGUAUUACAAGUUGGUUCUGCAAAUUUUUCUGUAAUGUUGUCCAAAGUCAAACAGAUUGUAAUGAGUGCAUGAAAUUUCGAUUAUUUGCGCAAACGAAAAAAAAAAAAAAAAAAAAAAA